ACUUCACAGGUUCAUUCGUUCAAAGACGGCGGAAAUGCAAGCAGGUGGUUUUGGCAACCGAUGAAUACGGAUUUAAUUUUCGAUUAGCUAAUGUUGCCGAAGUCGGGAUAAUGUUUACAGUUCAAAUCUAUUUUAUUUAAUCAAAGACAACGUUGUAUUGUUCAAUAUAAAACAAAUAUGGAUCGGCUUGAUGACUGGGGGUUUAAAUCGAAGAAAAUGGAAUUUGAAGAUGAUUUCUAUUUCGAUUAUGAUACAGAGGAAAUAACAAAUUAUCAAGACCCCAGUGAACUUUUAGCUGCUUUGAAACAAAAGGAGGAAGAGGUUAUUUUGGCAGCACAGCUGGGAAACGCAUUGCUUUUGGAAAAUCGUCAGGUAAAAGAAGAGAGCCAAACUAUUCAUGAACAAUACGCAGACACGUUUGAGGAGCUGGAGCAGGGCAAACAUGACCUGAGGUUGAAGCUGGAGGGCUGUCAGUCCCAGUGGGAGAGCCAGGUGGGGGACCUGGAGAGGGACGUGAGGGAGCUGAGUGUCCAGGUGGAGCAGCUGACCCAGGCCCUGAGCACAUCAGAGAGAGACAUGACCAGGGCCCAGCAGGAGCACCAAGAACAUACGCAACACCUUAGAGAGCAGCUGAACACCGCAAUGGAGGUGGAGAGAGCAAUGACCGGUGAGCUCCAGGUGCUGAAACAUGAGCUCAGGCAAGGGAGCCAGAGCAGACCUCAGGACGAGGAGCUGCUGAGCGCCAUGAGGGAGCAGGUUGUUCGUCUCACACAGAGAGAGCAGGCCCUGGAGGAGCGUCUGAACAGUGUGUGUCAGGAGAAUGCAGACCUGCGUGAUAGCCUUGCCUCCCUACACACCCGGCUCGCACUGCAAGACCAACACAACCAACACCAGAGCCAACAGCUGACGGAGGCAUGGAGGGAGGUGGAGGCAGCCAGGGAUCGCUCCCAGGAGCUGCAGGCCCAGGUGGAAGAGCUGCAGGAGGAGGUGUCCCUUCAGGAGAGCUGUAAUCGUGGAGACACUUCCCUACAGUCUGAACUAGAGACUAGUCUGGAGACCAUUGGUCAUUGCCUCAGUAGAGAGCAGAUGACCCAGGACUUGUCUACCAUCCUGGAGCUGCUACUGCCUCUGACUCAGGAAGUGAUGAACCCAGAGGGGUUACGGGUCUUAGGUCAGGGGGAAGAACCGCAAGAAGAACGGGUCUUAGGUCAGGGGGAAGAACCUAUGCUACUCCAGCUGAAGGGCGUAGCUCAAUACCUGGCUAACACCCACAGCCUCCAGGAGCUGAAUCUGGCCUUUGUGAGCGGAGGGAGCGAUCCGUGUGGGAAGCCAAGCAUGGUGCAGGAGCUGAGGGAUCAGAAUUCACAACUGCAAGAGGAGAACGCAAAAAUGAGACUCCAGCUUGAGAACAGACAAGAGGAAGGAGUUGUCCAGCAAGCCAUCCGAGACAGAGAUGAAGCCAUAACAAAGAAGAACUGGAUGGAGGCAGAGCUGGUUCGAAGUAAGAGUGACAUGAAGUGUCUGAACAACCAGCUCCUGGAGGCCAUCCAACGCAAAUUGGAGCUGUCUCAGGAGCUGGAGGACUGGCAGGAUGACAUCCAGAUCAUCAUCAACCAACAGCUGAGGACCCAGCAGCAGUCAGAGCAGGUCCAGAAGAAGCCGCCCUCCAACUCCAUGUCCUUCUUCCGUAGGCCCAGCAUGGCCUCCACCAGGGUCCGCCAGCCCUCCUCCUCUCCAUCGUGGACCUCAGAGGCUGGACAGGACAAGCCCCAAUCCCCCUGGAUGGACUGGCUCAGACGGGGCAAGGUGGCACAGCAUGGCAAAUAAUCCAGGCUGGUGCUUCUCCAUAAAGGACUGGCACAUGGAGCCACUUUAACCAGCUUGCAGGUCUAGAUCUGAAAGGACUACAGCUUGAGGUUGCUGGAGUUACAUAGUGGGUUUAGACGUUGUAGUAAAUACAGUGCCAAGCAUUUCCAGGACUCAGUAGUGUUGGUUGAGUUCAGAGGAUUCCAUAUGGUCACUGUAAAAAAAUAUGAGCCAUGAAGGACAACACUAGUGAAGUCUGGCAUCUUAUUGUAUUCUGUUCAUUUCAACAAUUCAGUUGUAUUCAACAAAUCAAUUGGGCUACAACUUAUUUGUAACUCACCUCGCCAGGCAACUCUUCUGUUCUAUUUCACUCGAUUAUUCAUUAAAUUCACUGUAGUGGGCUGGAUGAUUCAAGGUUUGGUUGCUAUGUGUCAAUGACAUCCUUCCAAGUACUGGCAUGGGGGAACUGUUUAAAUAAACAUGACCAUGGUCAGAGAAUCACUAAGAAAUAGUUUUGGAGGUUGUGCCUUUUGUUUCAUGAUAAUAAUUGUUGUUUCAUUUGUAAAGUCAUUUGUGCCUGAGACUGUAAAUGUACCAUACCAUUGUAUGUCAAUAUUUGUGACAAAACUGAAUAGUAUUUUCACACUAUUGUUUUUACACUAACUAAAGCAGAGAUUGAAUUGAUAGUCAGACUGUGCUGGGCCAUAGUACUGUAUAUGAACAUGUAAUUGCAUUGUAUAUCAACUGACCAGAUACACAGCAGAAAUCUAAAUUAUCACAUAAUACCUCUAAUUGACCUAUGACUACGACUUCUGUCAAGAUGUGAAAAGAUUUGCGAAUGUAGCUAUCAUGUAUUCAGAAACAAAAUGAACAGAAAUAAUCCUAUAUGGCUAAUUACUCCAUAUUAAUGUUAGGGAGAAACACUAUUUGACAACCCUUUAAAUAAAUGCAUGUAAGAUAUCGUAUUCUGUACAUACAAACUGUUCUUUUUGCAAUUGUAAUUGCUGAAUUGAUUGUCAUAUGCUAUAUGAAAGAUGGAGAAAAUUUAGAUUUUACUAAAUGCUUGAUGUACUGUAUUUAUAUUGACUUAUCAUUGGGAGCUUUUGGAGGAACAAGGCAAUUCAUCCCAUGGAGCAAGGUCAUAGCUAUUUGGACACAAGACAGCAUUCAAGUAUGCAUACAAUGUACUUGCACAUACAGGUAGUUGACUUUGACAAUAUGCAACAGAAAGUCCUUAGAAGGACACUAAUAUAACAUUUUAAAAUCUGCUCAAUAUUUACCUGUGUAUUAUGAUGGAUACUGUACUUGGUGUUUAACAUGUAUCCACGUACAGUACACAAUAGCACACAGAAUUCCAUUGCAAAAUAAAGUACAACUUUUUUCAUAAGGACUAGCAGGCAUAUUUACUGUCCAAAAAGUCAAUUAAGAGACUGUAUGUUUUGCAGGCCAAUCACUUACCCAUGUGUCAUGAGUCUUCACCAUAUCAAUGGCAAUGUGCUCAUGUGUGUCUGUAUGAAUCUAUCUAACUCUGAUUGUUCCAACUCACUGGGUUACUUACAAGUAAUUUGAUUUAGAGUGUAGUUUAUCUUAGCCAAACUUUUACUUUCAGGAGGCAUUCCAGAGCAUUCGGUCAGUUGGGCCCCUACGCAUUCCAGUUUUUUAUUCAGUCCUUCCAUGUGAUACAUCCCGUACCGAUGUGAUAAACUAGACAAAUGAUAGUUUCUUUUUGAUCAGUUAGACCAUGUUUUGAGUACCAUUGUAUUUAUUUGGAACAAGAGAUUUCCCAACUAAGGCUAUUGGUUGUUUGAGUUUGACUAUUGCUUUAACUUCAAACUCCCCCUUCUUUACCUAUAGGGGUCGCUGAAUCCUUUCAGCUAUUAUGUUUCCACAACCUCAUGGUGUUAUUUACCAGUUAGAGUACAGGUCAGAGAUAUGACUUUGUAUUAGAAUAAUCUCUUUCACUGUCACUAAGGUGUUGGGUUUACUGUGCAUUUUGUUUUAAGGUUGUCUUGUAGCAUACUUGUAUUGGCUUGGUAUGUUGUUACUCUACAUUUGUUUCACUUUGAUCAUCUAUACUCUAUUGUUGUUGUUUUUUUUAACCCAUUUUACAAUGAAUUUAAGUAGCAUUCUUUGUGUUCAUUACAUUUUUCUUUAUUAAAUCAGAAAAGCAAAUGUUUGUG